CUGGCUUCUGCUUUCCGGCUUGGCUUGGCUUGUCUUGUUUUGUGUUGGUGUAACUGUCAGCUUUUCAUAAGAUAAGUGCUGUAUGUUGUGGUCCUGAGAUUUGGUGGAGCAGUACUCUGAGCAAUGUCACAUAGGAGUUCAGGUAGAGAAGAGCAGCAGGAGCAAGCCGAUUGGGAAGGAAUAAACCGACUACUUCAGCAUCAUGGCUUCAAACCCAUUCAGCUUGCAGACCCUAUGGAGAACAAAAACCUAUCAGAUGUGGUUCUCCUGGAUAAAAAGUCUGCUGCAGAAAUUAAACUUAUACUAAAGUCUUUGGUAAAAGAUACUGAGCGAAGACAGGCAUUGAUCCAGGAGCUAAUUCAGUCUAAUAACCAGCUAAAGGAUGAGGUGCAGCAGCAGCAGGCUCGAGCUGCUCGUCAGUCACAGCGUGCUUCUGACCUGGAGAAAAUCCUGGAUGGUGUCAAGACCAAGAUUCAAGACCUGGAGGAUGACUAUAUUUCGAAGGCCGCUCAGCAGCAGAAGCAGAUGAAGCAGCUACAGAUGGAUAAAAGGGACUCGCAGAAACGCUACCGUCUUCUGGAGCAGAAAGUAGGUGAUGAGAAAGAGAUUAUUUCUCAGCUGCAGAAGAGGCUAGAGUGUGUUGUAAAUGAAGAAGAAAAACGCACAACCAGGCAAAACAAAGUCUUUCAGCAGUUUUGCAAGAGAGGAGCCAAAGAAAGCUCUGUGCUUGAUCAACAGCUUCUGGAUGUGAUUGAUGCCUAUGAAACUAAGAUCCAACAUCUGCAGACAGAGCUAAGGAAAUACAAAGGAGAUACUGAUGAGAGUUCCCAGGAGGAAUUACCCGUUAGAAGAAAAAGACAAGACAAAAAUGAAAUACUAGAUGCAACUCCAAAUUACAAAGCACUUCUCAAGUCCUACCAAGACCAGCUUAAGGAAUCCAAAGCCCAGAAGGAACAGAUGAGGCAAGAACAUAUGAAACUAAAACAGGAGCUAGAAUCAAGGCCUACAGCAAAGGAGCUGAAGUCAUGCAAACAGCAGUUGAAGAAGAUGGACAGAAUUAUCCAGCAGAGUAACAUCAAGUCAGCAGAGCAUGUCAAUAGUGAAAACAAUGAAGAUGCAGACUGCACAGAGGUUGAGCAUAUAGACUGCUUGCGUGCUAACAUCUGCAGGAGAUUUUUAAAGAGCAUUUGCAAGGAACUGAACGUCCAGGAUUUAAAUGACCUGGUCCCAGCUGCAAGAGUGAGGUCUAAACAAGCAGAAGCCAAUCCUAAACUUGUGAAGGUUUUGAGUGCUAUAAAAACAGUUGUAAGUAAUCAGAGAGCCCCACUGUUACAGUCCCACUCUGACGCUGUCGAGGAACAAGGAUAUGAACUUCUUCUUCCUACAAUAGAAAUGUGGGCUGAGCAGUUGGUAUCUUUAAAGGAUCUGCAGUGUGUUCUGAAGAAGUUAUUGCUCAGACUGGUUCCCUGGCAUUCUUUUGGCACACACGACCCAAGCAGUGUAGUACGGGUAGAACAUUUGCUCUUGAUGGUUGACGUUCUGUUGAAAGAAACGGAAACCAAAGACAAGGAAGUCAAAAAGCCCUCCCAGCAAACCCUGCAAGCAAUAGUAUCCCACUUUCAGAAGCUGUUUGAUGUGAACUCCAUCAAUGGAGUUUACCCCCGGAUGAGUGAAGUGUAUAGCAAACUGGGAGAAAUGACAAAUGCAAUGAGAAAUCUCAGAGAGCUCUUGGGACUGGAUGACUCCACUCCUCCCAGUGCGUUGGUAAAUAUGGUGGGCAAACUGUGCUGUUCAAUAAAUGAUGGCACAAGCCAGCAAGUACAGCAGCUGCUGGGCACCCAGGACAUUGAGAGUAUCAUCAGCAGGUUGGAAGAACAUGAGGAGUUUUUUCCAGCAUUUCAAGCCCUUAUCCAGGAGUUACUUCAGAUUCUAGAUGUCAACCAUCUGGAUGAUGUUCUGCCAACAGUCUGUUCACUAAAGCUUUUAGCUGAAUAAGAAGCAAUAUAUAUAUAUAUAUAUAUAUAUAUAUAUAUAUAUAUAUAUAUAUAUAUAUAUAUAUAUAUUAUAUCCCCACACACACACUUUUAACCUUAGUUUUAUUAUGGUGCUAAAACUAAAAAUGUAUAUAUAUUUUUUAGUACUGUGUGACUGAUAUAGCAAGUUUAUUUUUGUGGAAUGUUUUUUAUUGUUCGUUUGAAUUACUUCAUUACUCAAUUAAAUGGAUAAUGCAUUUACUUCUGUGUUUGAAUUCUAUCUGACUGCUGUGCAUUUUUUUUUUUAAACAGACCCUGAACAAUGUGGCUCAAUGGCUUGGCAAUGGGAUUAAAUGUCUCAGAGCAUAGUAAAAAUGAUGCACAAAAUUCAGACAUAUUCAAGAUAUUUAAUAUAAAUGUAUUAUUUUACAGGGACAUAUUGCAACACUUUGCAUCCUUUUCACCACUUAUAUACAAGUAGAACAUGGCCAAAUAAUACUUUAUACAUCACAGGUUCAAAAAGACACAUGACAAAAAGAACUGGUGUUCCUAAACUAGCUUGGCAAAAAACAGCUUUAACAUGGUUACACAUGUGGGUGCCCAUGGUCUUUCACCAAAAUGUAACCAGCGUUUCCUUGAAUAGUUUUAAGCUGCAAGCAGCUGAAGGUAAAGCAGCCCAUGUAAAUACAUUUGACACAAGCAGGCUGUGCUGACAAAGUUGUAAAUUUAAAA